GCCUGCUUCACAGACACUUCCAUUUAAAAAAAAAAAAAAGAAAAGAAAACUUACCACUGCACUUUUGUCGCCGUAAUGAUUAGCGAAACAGAAAUGUAAUGCGAAUGAAGUGAUAGUAAGUACACUAAAGUGAGAGAAUCCACAUCUGCACUGGAUUCGAGAUUAGUGUCAGCAUGCGCUCACACAAACAUCAGACCAACAACGGAGGACCGUUCUUCAUGCCCACGGUUAAUAGCUAUAAAUUGCACCUUGCUGCAGUGAAAUCCCUGAUACCUGAGAGAGAUGUUCAAAAAACAUUUGAUUUUCAAGCAUGCCAUGAACUAACCAAAAAUAUGUGCAUGGAUUCACUGAAGAAAACACCAACCAGAUUAGACCUCCGCCAUCUUGCCCAGGCUGGCAAGAGGCCUCUGCAUGCGCCUCUGCUGGCAUUUGUCAAUGAGCAGAGGAGUCCUGAGCGCCAUCUGCCCGCCCCUCGAGCCUCAGGCCCUGGUCAUCCCACAUGGGAUGUCCAGUCUGUCCGAGCUAAGCCCCGGCGCCACACUCGCAGUGCUGGGGCUUCACACUCACACUCACACAACCCUCUUUCACACCAUCAGGCUUCAGGAGAGUCGACGGCGGCUGCGGCGGCAUUGGACAGCUCCCUGCCUGGCUUCCCCAUCGCUUUCCGUUCCCGUGACGACUGUGGAACGGAGCGUCUGGAUUUGGACAGGCGUGGACUGGUAGAGUGCCCCCCAGUGGUUGGUCUGGAGAAGCUGCGACUACUGAAUCUCCAGCACAACCUGCUGACCCGUGUUCACAGCCUGGAGCCGCUGAGACGUCUGGUCUUCCUGGACCUGUACGACAACCACAUCUCCGACCUCACUGGCAUCGCCUGUCUCGUGUCGCUUAGGGUACUCAUGCUGGGGAAAAACAGGAUUCAAAGAAUAUGCCACUUGGACAACCUGGCCAAACUUGAUGUACUGGACAUGCACAAUAAUCAGAUCUCUCAGAUGGAGAACUUGUCUCACUUGUCGGAGCUGCGGGUUCUGAACUUGGCAGGGAACCGCAUUUCUAGGCUGGAGGGGCUUCAGGGUCUGGACUCGCUGAUGGAGCUCAAUCUGAAACGGAACUCCAUCUCCUCUGUGACGGAGGUGGACCGGCUUCCAUGCCUGCAGCGCCUCUUCCUCAGCUGCAACAGUAUCAGCAGUUUUGAUGAGCUGGCCUGUCUGGGAGAGUCGUGCUCCCUGUGUGAACUGACCCUUGAUGGGAACCCUGUAUCGGAGGAGACAUGGUACAGGCAGGCUGCCCUGCGCUUAAUGCUGCAUCUGCGACUCCUGGACAUGAAACGUAUUACAGAGGAGGACAGACGUAUGGCUGGAGUUGUUGCCCGAAGAGAGGAUGAGAAGAAGAGAGAGACACACAAACAGGCCAUUCACAAGGAGAAACGGCGGCUGGCCAUUCGUAAUGCUGCCCAACAGUGGGAGGGGCUUAAGUCCUGUUUGGACCUGCCCACCCAGAACGGAUCGAAGGAGGAAGUGAGCCCAGAGAAUAGCCCCACCCACAGCUCCGCGCAGACCAAUGGGAUCGCUCAGGAUCCCUCUCCAGAUGAGCUCAGGCGGGUGAGCCCUAUCUUGGCUCUGGAACGUCCAGCAGUGAUCACAGACAACAGGCUACGCUCCAUCAGUCGUCCCAACAGCCCACGAGACCCAAGGUUGCAGGAUGCGGGCAGCAGCAGCGUGCAGUCCCUGUCCCUGUCGGAGAGCCACCUGGCGGAGCUGGACGGCGAGACGCUGCGUCUGUUUGGCGCGGGCGCGCUGGAGGCCCUGGAGCGCGGCUGGGGCGUGCAGACGGCCGCCGCCGUCACCACCAUCGCCUUCCGCUACAUCAACUUCGACGCCAUCGUCCCCACACUGCCGCGCAUCCGCGUCAAGUUCCCCAACCUCGCGCACCUUAUCUUCCUGGAGACCAACAUCAGCCGUCUGCCCCAGCUGGCUGCCCUGGCGCAGGUGCGCCGGCUGGACCAGAUCACCAUCCACCCCGAGGGCAACCCCGUGGUGGGCCUGAGCGUCUGGAGGUCCUUCCUGCUCUACCGCCUGCACCACUUCAACCUGCAGAGGCUCAACGGCGUGGAGGUGACCAUUAAUGAUGUCAUUGCGGCGGAGCGUCUGUUCGGAACGCUUGGUCACAUCGCUGCCACAGAAACACCACACUGCCGACUGCUGCUGCUGCUGGAGGAGAGCAGGAAGCGUCAGCUGCAGUUCCUGCUGGAGGGCCGUGGGCGGAGGGUGGGCCAGAGCCCUGAGGAGCUGAGGGAGAACGGGCGGCUGCUGGGGGAGGGCCUCAGCCGGGCACUCUUCAACUACCCCAGCAGAGACACCUGCAGCGAAGGACCAGAGGAGGGCGCCGCGGAGGCUCUGGCGCAGACGUACGUGCAGGGCCUGGUGCAGCGCACGGCCGAGACCAGCGCCAAGCGCGAGGCCCAGCACAAGCUGUGGCCCUCCAUGUUCGUGGAGCUGGUGAGGGACUGCGUGCUGGAGGUGCGGGGCCGCUCGGGGGGCCCCCAGCAGCAGAGCUACCCACAGGCCUGCCUCAGCAGACUCACACACGCCAACAAGUGA